AAACAAGCACGGUCUUAAAUUACAAACUCACAGUACAAUAAUAACAAAUAAAAUUACCAUCUAAAAAAAAAAAAUAAUAAAAAAUAACUCGAAAAUACAAAAUUUAUGAAGAAAAACAAGGACGGCGGAACGCGCAAUCCGACGCCGUUCGCCGGUUUUUGUUUGGUUCGCUUUUGCAUUUACGAUUCUUUUCCUUCUCGCAGUGUAGCCGACGGUGGAACCCCUCCGACGCCGUUCGCGAUCGGCUAUUGCUAUUCUUUCCCUUCUCAGUGAGCGUGAUCGAUUGGAACGUGGUCGAUGACCUCAUAACGGUCGGUGAGGACCCAGAAGAAGAUUCCAAGGCAGACUCCGUUGAGAAGAAAGAAGAAUCAGACUCGACGUUUGAAAACAGCACUAUUGCUGUAACUUCGACAGCAGAAAUUAUGGAGGAACCCCCCAACAACAAGACCCACAUAGACAGGUCAGUGAUGAGGGACAGGAGGAGCAAAAAAACCAAAAACGACCAUUUCCAAUACAUUGUCGUUUGAGAGAGAGAGAGAGAGAGUUGGGGUGGGCUUCUGACUUCGAGAGCAGAAAUGCCAGACGACCCCCCCAACAACAACACCCACAUAGGGAGGUCAGUGAUCAGGGACAGGAGGGCAAAAAAAACCAAAAGCAACGAUUGCCAAUACAUUGUCGUUUGAGAGAGAGAGAGAGAGAGAGAGAGAGAGAGAGAUGGGAGGGACUGAAACGAGUUCCAAUAGAGAGAGAGAGAGAGAGUUGGGAUUGGGAGGGACUGAAACGAGUUCCAAUAAAUAUUCGAGUUUGAGAAAUUAUUUCCAUUUCACAAAUUCGAUAUUCCUAUUUGGACGUUUUCUUCCAUAAUAUUAUUGAUCUGAUCUUUAAAUAUAACAGCUAAACCCUUAUGGCCCAUGUCCAGUGGCCAGCCAUCCAAGAUUCCUAAAUGCAAUUACUGUGGUGGCCCUCGCUCGAGGGUUUGAAUUCAAGGUAUUCCAAAUACACUGAAUGUGGUUUCAAAUUUCCCAUUCCUUGUAAUUGGUAUUGUAGGGGUUAUACUUUGCUUUCAUGGGAACUAUUUUAGACUGAGGUUGCAAGGUGAGGUUUGGGGUUGGACGUGUUUUUUCAUUGGUGUGGCUGCUGUUGGUAUUGGACCCUCUUAUUAUCAUGUCAAGCCAAAUGACGCUACUCUUGUGUGGGAUUGCUUGCCGAUGACUAUUGCAUUCACAUCAAUCAUGGCAAUCUUUAUAAUUGAAAGAAUAGAUGAGCAAAAGGGAACGGUGUCCAUUCUUCCCCUACUCUUGGCAGGUGUUAUAAGCAUGUUGUAUUGGAGGUUUUUUGAUGACCUCCACCCAUAUGCACUGGUUCAGUUUGUUCCUUGCAUUGUAAUUCCGAUAAUGGCUAUCUUGUUGCCUCCAAUGUACACACAUUCCACAUUCUGGCUUUGGGCUGCAGGAUUUUAUCUUUUAGCUAAGGUUGAAGAAGCUGCAGAUAAACCAAUUUAUAAAUGUACACAUCAUAUUGUCAGUGGGCACACUCUUAAGCAUUUGUGUGCUGCAAUGGUUCCAGUCUUCUUGACGCUUAUGCUUGCAAAGAGGACUACUGAAACAGAGAGGCAAAGUUUGCUCGAGACUCGGAAAAUUUCCUGGACCAAAGUUAGAGGGAAUGAAGUGAAGGUGAAGAGUUACACUUGUACUUACUCAAAUGUACCUGUCGAGGAAUCUCCUUAACUAGUACAUGCAUACUUUCCGAGAAGUUAUUUGGUAGUCCUGGGACAUGGCCCCAACGCCUCUAAGAGCCGCACAAUGACAUGGGGUCCUCCCCUAAAUGCAGGGAGUUUGCAUGAUCAGGUGGCUUUUGGAAACAUUGGGGCAAUGCUCACGAGCACCAAAUAAAAUUUUCUCCUUUCCCUAUAAUGAGAAUACUUAAAUGUUUGACAGGUAUACCGCAAAGGCUGUUAACCCAUUCACAAAACAUUGGUUUGGCGUACAAAAAAGAACUUUUUUUUUUUUGUUUUGUUUCCCUUAAAGAAUGUGUACAGAACCCCUUUCCUUCAAUGAUGUAU